AUGGCCGGGGCCUCGGUGAAGGUGGCGGUGCGCGUCCGCCCCUUCAAUUCCCGAGAGAUGAGCCGAGACUCCAAGUGCAUCAUCCAGAUGUCCGGGAGCACCACCACCAUCGUUAACCCCAAACAGCCCAAGGAGACACCCAAGAGCUUCAGCUUCGACUACUCCUACUGGUCACACACCUCGCCCGAGGACAUCAACUACGCGUCGCAGAAGCAGGUGUACCGCGACAUCGGCGAGGAGAUGCUGCAGCACGCCUUCGAGGGCUACAACGUGUGCAUCUUCGCCUACGGGCAGACCGGGGCCGGCAAGUCCUACACCAUGAUGGGCAAGCAGGAGAAGGACCAGCAGGGCAUCAUCCCGCAGCUCUGCGAGGACCUGUUUUCCCGUAUCAAUGACACGACCAAUGACAACAUGUCCUACUCUGUAGAGGUGAGCUACAUGGAGAUUUACUGUGAGCGAGUCCGUGACCUCCUGAACCCCAAGAACAAGGGGAAUCUGCGCGUGCGAGAGCACCCGCUGCUGGGGCCCUACGUGGAGGACCUCUCCAAGCUGGCCGUCACCUCCUACAAUGACAUCCAGGACCUCAUGGACUCAGGGAACAAGGCCAGGACCGUGGCCGCCACGAACAUGAAUGAAACCAGUAGCCGCUCCCACGCCGUCUUCAACAUCAUCUUCACCCAGAAGCGCCACGACGCGGAGACCAACAUCACCACGGAGAAGGUGAGCAAGAUCAGCCUGGUGGACCUGGCGGGCAGCGAGCGGGCUGACUCCACGGGCGCCAAGGGCACGCGUCUCAAGGAGGGCGCCAACAUCAACAAGUCCUUGACCACGCUGGGGAAGGUCAUCUCCGCUCUGGCCGAGAUGGACUCCGGGCCCAACAAGAACAAGAAGAAGAAGAAGACCGAUUUCAUUCCCUACAGAGACUCCGUGCUGACCUGGCUCCUCCGGGAAAAUCUGGGCGGGAACUCGAGGACGGCGAUGGUGGCGGCCCUGAGCCCCGCGGACAUCAACUACGACGAGACGCUGAGCACGCUGAGGUACGCCGACCGGGCCAAGCAGAUCCGCUGUAACGCCGUCAUCAAUGAGGACCCCAACAACAAGCUGAUCCGUGAGCUCAAGGACGAGGUGACCCGGCUGCGGGACCUGCUGUACGCCCAGGGUCUCGGGGACAUCACCGACAUGACCAACGCCCUGGUGGGCAUGAGCCCCUCGUCCUCGCUCUCGGCCCUGUCCAGCCGCGCCGCCUCCGUGUCCAGCCUGCACGAGCGCAUCUUGUUUGCCCCGGGCAGCGAGGAGGCCAUCGAAAGGCUGAAGGAGACGGAGAAGAUCAUAGCCGAGCUCAACGAGACCUGGGAGGAGAAGCUGCGGCGGACGGAAGCCAUCCGGAUGGAGAGGGAGGCCCUGCUGGCCGAGAUGGGCGUGGCCAUGAGGGAGGAUGGCGGCACGCUGGGGGUGUUUUCUCCCAAAAAGACACCACAUCUUGUCAACCUGAAUGAGGACCCCUUGAUGUCCGAGUGUCUCCUGUACUACAUCAAGGAUGGCAUCACCAGAGUGGGCCGGGAGGAUGCGGAGCGGCGGCAGGACAUCGUCCUGAGUGGGCACUUCAUCAAGGAGGAGCACUGCGUCUUCCGGAGCGAUUCCCGAGGGGGCAGUGAAGCCGUGGUGACCCUGGAGCCCUGCGAGGGCGCAGACACCUAUGUCAAUGGCAAGAAAGUCACGGAGCCUAGCAUCCUGCGGUCAGGCAACCGCAUCAUCAUGGGAAAGAGCCACGUGUUCCGGUUCAACCACCCCGAGCAGGCGAGGCAGGAGCGCGAGCGCACGCCCUGCGCAGAGACGCCCGCCGAGCCCGUGGACUGGGCCUUCGCCCAGCGUGAGCUGCUGGAGAAGCAGGGCAUUGACAUGAAGCAGGAGAUGGAGCAGAGGCUCCAGGAGCUGGAGGACCAGUACCGCCGCGAGAGGGAGGAGGCCACGUACCUGCUGGAGCAGCAGAGGCUGGACUACGAGAGCAAGCUGGAGGCCCUGCAGAAGCAGAUGGACUCCAGGUACUACCCUGAGGUGAACGAGGAGGAGGAAGAGCCGGAGGACGAAGUCCAGUGGACGGAGAGGGAGUGUGAGCUGGCGCUCUGGGCCUUCCGGAAGUGGAAGUGGUACCAGUUCACGUCGCUGCGGGACCUGCUGUGGGGCAACGCCAUCUUCCUCAAGGAAGCCAACGCCAUUAGCGUGGAGCUCAAGAAGAAGGUCCAGUUCCAGUUUGUCCUCCUCACCGACACGCUCUACUCCCCGCUGCCGCCGGACCUGCUGCCCCCAGAGGCCGCCAAAGACCGGGAGACUCGCCCCUUCCCGCGCACCAUCGUGGCCGUGGAGGUCCAAGACCAGAAGAACGGGGCCACCCACUACUGGACGCUGGAGAAGCUCAGGCAGCGCCUGGACCUGAUGCGGGAGAUGUACGACCGGGCGGCAGAGGUGCCCUCCAGUGUCAUCGAGGACUGUGACAACGUGGUGACGGGCGGAGACCCCUUCUACGACCGCUUUCCCUGGUUCCGGCUGGUGGGCAGGGCCUUCGUCUACCUGAGCAACCUGCUGUACCCUGUCCCCCUGGUGCACCGCGUGGCCGUCGUCAGCGAGAAGGGAGAGGUGAAGGGCUUCCUCCGCGUGGCCGUGCAGGCCACCUCAGCCGACGAAGAGGCCCCCGACUAUGGCUCUGGCGUCCGACAGUCCGGCACGGCCAGAAUCUCCUUUGACGACCAGCAUUUUGAAAAGUUCCAGUCUGAGUCCUGCCCCGUGGUGGGGAUGUCCCGCUCGGGGACCUCCCAGGAAGAGCUGCGCAUCGUGGAGGGUCAGGGCCAGGGUGCAGACACCGGGCCCUCGGCCGACGAGGUCAACAACAACACCUGCUCAGCCGUGCCCCCGGAAGGCCUCCUGGACAGCCCCGAGAAGGCCGCCACAGAUGGGCCUCUGGACGCCGCCCUGGACCACCUGCGCCUGGGCAGCACCUUCACCUUCCGCGUGACUGUCCUGCAGGCGUCCAGCAUCUCCGCCGAAUACGCCGACAUUUUCUGCCAGUUCAACUUCAUCCACCGCCACGACGAGGCCUUCUCCACGGAGCCCCUCAAGAACACAGGGAGGGGCCCCCCGCUCGGCUUCUACCACGUCCAGAACAUCGCAGUGGAGGUGACCAAGUCCUUCAUCGAGUACAUCAAGAGCCAGCCCAUCGUGUUCGAGGUCUUCGGCCACUACCAGCAGCACCCGUUCCCGCCCCUCUGCAAGGAUGUGCUCAGCCCCCUGAGGCCCUCGCGCCGCCACUUCCCGAGGGUCAUGCCGCUGUCCAAGCCAGUGCCUGCCACCAAGCUCAGCACGCUAGCGCGACCCUGCCCUGGGCCCUGCCACUGCAAGUACGACCUGCUGGUCUACUUUGAGAUCUGUGAGCUGGAGGCCAACGGCGAUUACAUUCCCGCAGUGGUGGACCACCGUGGCGGGAUGCCGUGCAUGGGGACCUUCCUGCUGCACCAGGGCAUCCAGAGACGGAUCACCGUGACGCUGCUGCACGAGACGGGCAGCCACAUCCGCUGGAAGGAAGUUCGAGAGCUGGUCGUGGGUCGGAUCCGAAACACUCCCGAAACCGAUGAGUCCCUGAUCGACCCCAACAUCUUGUCGCUCAACAUCCUCUCCUCCGAUUAUAUCCACCCGGCCCAGGACGACCGGACCUUCUACCAAUUCGAGGCUGCGUGGGACAGCUCCAUGCACAACUCUCUCCUGCUCAACCGGGUCACCCCGUACCGAGAGAAGAUCUACAUGACUCUCUCAGCUUACAUUGAGAUGGAGAACUGCACUCAGCCGGCCGUCAUCACCAAGGACUUCUGCAUGGUCUUCUACUCUCGGGACGCCAAGCUGCCCGCUUCCCGCUCCAUCCGCAACCUGUUUGGCAGCGGGAGCCUCCGGGCCUCGGAGAGCAACCGCGUGACGGGCGUGUACGAGCUCAGCCUGUGCCAUGUGGCCGACGCCGGCAGCCCAGGGAUGCAGCGGCGGCGGCGGCGCGUGCUGGAUACAUCCGUGGCCUACGUGCGGGGCGAGGAGAACCUGGCGGGCUGGAGGCCGCGGAGUGACAGCCUCAUCCUGGACCACCAGUGGGAGCUGGAGAAGCUGAGUCUCCUGCAGGAGGUUGAGAAGACCAGACACUACCUUCUGCUGCGGGAGAAGCUGGAGACCACCCAGCGGCCCGGCCCUGAGGCGCCGUCCCCCGCCUCCAGCGAGGACUUGGGGUCCCAUGGCUCCUCCAGCCCCUCGUCCCCGCUCUCAGCCGAGGGCCGCCCGUCGCCUCUGGAGACUCCCAAUGAGAGGCAGCGGGAGCUGGCUGUCAAGUGCUUACGCCUCCUCACGCACACGUUCAACCGAGAGUACACCCACAGCCACGUCUGCAUCAGUGCCAGCGAGAGCAAGCUCUCCGAGAUGUCUGUCACCCUGCUUCGGGACCCAUCCAUGUCCCCGCUGGGGGCGGCCACCCUCACCCCCUCCUCCACCUGCCCCUCUCUGGUCGAAGGGCGGUACGGAGCCGCUGAGCUGAGGACCCCCCAGCCCUGCUCCCGGCCCGCCAGCCCAGAGCCUGAGCCUGUGCCAGAGGCAGAUUCCAAGAAGCUUCCCUCCCCUGCUCGGGCUGCGGAGGCCGACAAGGAGCCCCAGCGCCUGCUGGUUCCCGACAUCCAGGAGAUCCGGGUCAGCCCCAUCGUGUCUAAGAAGGGCUACCUGCACUUCCUGGAGCCGCACACGGCCGGCUGGGCCAAGCGCUUCGUGGUGGUACGGCGGCCCUACGCCUACCUGUACAACAGCGACAAGGACUCCGUGGAGAGGUUCGUGCUCAACCUGUCCACCGCGCAGGUGGAGUACAGCGAGGACCAGCAGGCCAUGCUCAAGACGCCCAACACGUUCGCCGUGUGCACGGAGCACCGCGGCAUCCUGCUGCAAGCCAACAGCGACAAGGACAUGCACGACUGGCUGUACGCCUUCAACCCGCUCCUGGCCGGGACCAUACGGUCCAAGCUCUCCAGAAGGCGGUCUGCCCAGAUGAGGGUGUGAGCCGGAGCCCUCCCGCCACAGCCAGCAGGCCGGCCCCCCCCCAGCCCUCAUCACCACCCGUCAUGUCACGCGCCCAGCCUGCCCCCACCAGCCAGCCAGCGAGUCCCCUCUUGGGGGACAACGCGCCGGGCCCCGCGAGCGCCACCUCUGGCCCGGGGACCUGCGCCACACGACCUGUCCUGCUCCCAGCAGAGGCCGCGUCUGUUCUUUAUUCUUUCCGAGCGAGCCCUGGGUGGGAAGAGCUGGGAGGUGCUGGAAAGGCCAGAGGGCACAAGUCACAGGGGCAUCGCUGCCGUUCUAAUAUUUUUUUAAGCA